UUGCCGUUUGAUUCCGUGCAUCCGAUCGAUGCAAAUAAGAUCACAAAUCUAGUGGCGCCCUAUAAAGACGUGGACGGUUUGUCGAAUGAAAAUGCGGGCAAACUAUUGCACGGAGAGGCGGACGGGAGCAACAGUUUCCUGCCCUGUACUCCAAAUGGCUGUAUGGAACUGAUCAGGAGAUCCGGUGCUCAAAUCGCCGGCGCCAACGCUGUGGUGAUCGGGCGAAGUAAGAUUGUGGGCUCACCGAUGGCUCAGCUGCUAAUCUGGAACAACGCGACGGUCACUGUCUGUCACUCAAAGACCAAAAAUAUUAAGGAAAUUGUCCAAAAGGCUGAUAUUCUUGUCGUAGCGAUUGGACAGCCAUUGCUCGUCAAAAAGGAUUGGAUUAAACCGGGAGCCGUUGUCAUUGAUUGUGGCAUUUCCUCGAUUCCCGAUUCGACCAAAAAGAGUGGUUCCAGACUUGUUGGGGAUGUAGACUAUGCGGAGUGCAAAGAAGUGGCCGGUGCUAUAACACCAGUACCGGGAGGUGUGGGACCCAUGACUGUGGCUAUGCUUAUCAGUAAUACAGUCGACGCGGCAAAAGUGGCAUUGAGAACACAAUCGUCUCACCAGUCGUGGGAUAUCGAGCACUUGAAACUCAAUAAACUGAAUCCCGUUCCCAGCGAUAUAGCGAUAGCCCGUUCCCAUCGCUGUAAACCAAUUAAACAAUUGGCCGCUGAAAUCGGUUUAUUGGAAGACGAAUACGAGCCGUACGGAGCAUAUAAAGCAAAAAUUACAAAACAUAUUCCCGUCUUUGACAAGAACUCAGUCCGAGGGAAGUAUGUUGUGGUCACUGGUAUUACACCCACUCCUCUCGGAGAAGGAAAAAGUACAACAGUAUUGGGUUUAUCGCAAGCAUUGGGCGCUAAUUUGCAUCGAAAUGUGAUUACAUGCAUACGACAGCCGAGUCAGGGCCCGACUUUU